AUGUCUAACGCGAAGGAGAGCUCUUUUACUCCAUCGAUAUUCUCUGGGAUUCAACCAACCGGCAUGCCUCAUAUUGGAAACUAUCUCGGCACGCUUAAACAGUGGGUUGCGUUGCAGAAAGAUGUGUCCGCAUCAGAUAGGAUCCUGUAUUGCAUAGUUGAUUUACAUGCAUUGACAAUUCCCCAAGAUCCCGUCAAAUUGUUUCAUAACAAGAGAGAGAUGGCGUUAAUAUUAAUGGCAUGUGGAAUUGACCCCCAAAAAAGUGUGAUCUUUGUGCAGUCAAAGGUCACGGCACAUACAGAAUUAUCUUGGAUUUUGAAUUGUAUUGCUCCAGUCGGUCAGCUAUCAAGGAUGACUCAAUGGAAGGCAAAAAUCGCUCAGUAUAAGAAUGUACAAUCGAUAGAAGACAUAGGCGUAUCGUCUGGAUUGUGCCUAGGACUAUUAGCGUACCCUAUACUACAAGCGGCUGACGUGUUACUGUAUAAAGCAACACAAGUUCCGGUUGGGGAUGACCAGGUCCAGCACAUAGAACUGGCAAGAGACAUUGCGCACAAGUUCAACAGUCAAUUUGGAGAAAUAUUUCCGCUACCGCAAUUUCUAUUCACACCUGCAAAAAGGAUACUGUCGCUUCGUCAUCCAACACAAAAAAUGUCUAAAUCGGAUCCGUCAGACUCUGCUCGUAUUAAUUUGAAUGACCCUCCUACUUUGAUCGCGUCUAAAAUCAAAAAAAGUACAACCGAUUCCAUCAGAGGGAUCACUUACGACCCAGAAUCACGCCCUGCAGUAUCCAAUUUGGUGACCAUAUACUCGGCAGUCACCAACUUGCCAGUCGAGCAAGUAGUCGAAGAGUAUAAAAACAGUGACAUAAGUACGUUCAAGACGGUCGUAACGGAUGCACUAAUCCACGAGCUUUAUCCGAUACAAAACACAUACGAGAAACUAAAGAACGAGAAGAAUUAUGUCGAGCAAGUGCUAGAGCAAGGUGUCCACCGGGCUAAUGAAAUUGCCCAGGGUACCAUGGAGCAGGUUUUAAUAGUCAUUGAUUUCGAGGCUACCUGCGACGAAAAUCCAAACCCCCAGGCCUUGCAGGUUACCAAGGAGACGGCAGAAAUUAUAGAGUUUGCUUGGGUUGUCGUCGAUACUAGUACAUUGGAAGUGGUGUAUCAACAUUCACAAUAUGUCAAACCGGAAAAUACUACUUUGACACCGUUUUGCACGCAACUUACAAAUAUUACCUGGGAUAAACUUGAGAAUGCGGGAACUCUGAAAGAUGCGAUAAUUGCUUUGGAUAACUACAUCCAGUCUUAUAUUGUUUCUCAAGGGAAAAACUUCUGCUUUUGUACACAUGGGGCUUGGGAUUUAAGGAUUCAAUUACCUCGAGAAGCACGUGACAAACACAUAGAGCUGCCGUCAUACCUAGCUCAUUGUCGAAUGUUCGACCUGAAACAAGAAUAUCAAAGAUGGCAAGUACAUCAUCCAGAUGUCGUAUUAAAAAGCCAAUCUUUGGGUGAGAUGUGUUCAGUGUUUGAUCUGCAAGUAGUGGGUCCACAGCACUCUGGGCUUAAUGAUUCUCUUACAAUGGUCAACAUUAUCCGAUAUUUCUGCUCUUUCGGUCAUCACGAUGUCUUUGUAAACCCUAUCGACACAAAUGCAGAUUUAAACCAAUUUAAAAAAGAACAAUCCAAGGUAAUCCAUUUGGCAGGUUUACCACACGAUGUAACUCAGCAUGAAUUGGAGGCUUGGUUUUCGGGUCAAGGGGUCCGACCCACCACUUUAUGGAUGAUUCGAACUCUGGACCAGCAGAAACCAAGCGGUACGGGGUUUGGGAUUUUUGCAACUCAUGAAGACGCUAUGGCUUGCUUGGAAAUGAAUGGAAGAACGCUCGGGGAUAGAGCGAUCGAAGUAAGUCCAAGCAGCGAGCGUGUGAUUGAGGUUGCUGGUACGAUUUUGGCACCCUUUCCGGUAGGUUCUUGCGAGUAA